AUGUUUGGUUUUUCGUUUAUGUUUAUCGUACUAAUUUCCCUAUGCCGUACUUCUAGACAAGAAGACGACAAUGUACCACUUACCAUUGGUAAGUUAUGUUAAUCACACAUAUUAUACUUAAGUAUAGGUGUAUUUUGCAAAAAAAAAAUUAUUUUAAUUCAUUCUCGUCGGUUUUACAGUUGGAUUGUUCGACAACGAAAACAGCUUCGAGCAACAGAUGUUCGAAUUGGCUGUCCAAAAAGUAAAUAUCGACCCGAUGUUUUCCAACGUCUUUUUAAAAGCCAAAAUACAAAUCGUCGAUUCCACGGACACCUACAAAACCAGUCUGAAAGGUAAGGUACAAAGUAUAUAUAAACAUAAUUUAAAUUAAUUUCAAUAGACUACAAGUAGAAUAGUUCAUACUUCAAAAUCCAAGUGUAUUUGCUACACAGCUGGUAGGUCUAAUGAUUUAAAUUUUUAAAAUUCAUAAAAUUUAACAAAAAUGAAAUUAUCUUGAACGUGGUAAUGAAUGUGUAAAGCCGGUCCCACACGACUCAUGUACUCGUCAAAUAUUUGUCAAUCGUUGUGCUUUACAAGUCGUAUGGGUGGUAUUUAAGCAUAAAUCAUGGCAAAUAUUUUCACUCAUGGUUUCCCAUCGGCUGUUGGUAAAAGCUGUCUUAGUGAAAGGACAAAUUAAAUUUAAAAAUAAUCAUGGUAAUAAUAAAAGUAUACACGAUUACUGAAUAAUCGGCAAAUAUACGAGCCAAAGGAAGAACGAUACAACGCAAACAACGGCGAUUAUGAUCUAUGAACCGAGUAGGUACGCGAGUCGUGUGGGCUUCACGCUUUUUUCAUCGUUUCGCUAUAUUUAAAUAUUGUAUAGAAAGUACCUAUCAAUUGAUUUAUUAUUUAAAUAAUACGAAAUAAAUAAAUUCGGUUAUUAAAAAAUUAAAUGGUAAAAUUAAUUUAACUUUUAACUUUACCUUGUUUAAUACUACAUUAUCUAAUGAUAAAUAUUCAAAUAAUUCUUAUCGCUAGUUGGUAUCACCUCUCGUUUUGUAAGUUCAAAUCUUUAAGUACCGUAGAAAUUUAAAAAAGAAAAUAUAACUAAUAAUGAUCAAAUAAUAUCUGAAUACAGGAGAAAUAUUUUUUUUUAUAUUACUCUUAAAUAAUAUUAAAGGUUUUAUAUUUAAGGUGAUUCACUCAACUGGAAAUCUCAUUAUCUCGGAAACUAUUAACAUUUUUUUUUUGAAAACUUAAGAAUCAAAUAGUUCUAAAAUAUUAUAUCAUCAUUUUUUUUGUAAGUUUUUUUUGUUUUUUUAAAUUUUGGAUUGGAAGAAAGUUAUGGUGCAUUAUUAAUACACCGCGCGUCGUACCACCACACAAAUGAUACUCUACUACUCUCCUCUAACCCAAACUUAAAAGUGGAAUAUCUCGUCAACUGGUUGAUAGAAAUCAACAAUUUCAACACCAAAAUUUAUUUUAAAUAAUACUCCAUCUAUUUAAGGCAUUUUCAAAAUAGGUUGCCAUUUGCAAAUCAAAAAUAAACAGUCAUUUCACCCCAAAAAUAAGGGGUACAAAAAAAAAUUAUUAAGUAAUAUUUUAGAACUAUUUGAUUCUUAAGUUUUCGAAAAAAGUUAAUACUUUUCGAAAUAAUUAUUUUUUGCAGUUGAGUGAAUCACUCUGCAUUGUUUUAUAUCUCUCACUUUGGUUAUGUUAUUAUGGAUUUAUUUUGUUUAUUGAGAUGUGUUUAAGAUGAAUAUAAAAAAAAAAGAGAAGAAAAAAAAGAAACCAUUUGCCGAUUACAAAUUGUUGAGCUUUGGAAACGUAAUAUUUUAAUAAAAAAAAAUAAUUUACUAAUAUUUUUACUGAAGUUCGUUCGCUUUAAAUCAUUGUAAUAACAUUUUUUUUUGCAGUAUGCGAAAAUAUGCAGUCUGGAAUCGGUGCAAUAUUCGGUCCAUCACAUCUCGAAUCGUCAAACAUAGUGCAGUCGUUAUGCGAAACAGUGGAAGUACCACGCAUUGAAACAAGUUGGGAAAAUACACCGAUUGAAAAUUAUAAUUAUUAUUUUAACCCUUACCCUGAACCGACAAUAUUAGCAAAAGUAUAAUAGUAUAAUAUUCAGGAACACAAACGCAAUGAAAUUUUAUUUAAAUCGAAUGUUUUAUUUUAUAGGGUUAUACGGCUAUAGUUCACGAUAUGGAUUGGAAGUCAUUCACGUUGCUCUAUCAACGACCGGAAUGUCUUGAACGAUUACAGGACUUAAUACAAGAUUACUCUGGAGAAUCAAAACCUAACGAUAAACAGGUGGCGGCCAUUUCAAUUCUUCAGCUUCCAGAAGGCGAUAACUUUAGGUAAAUUUUAAGUUUUAAACAUCCACAUUAUAUCAGAAUUUUAAAAAGCUAUGAUUUCGAAGUCAGUCCACUCAAUUCUGAUUCCACAGUUGUUCUUAAAUCAACAAUAUAAAUAUUAUUUUCAAAACGAAAAAAAUUGAAACAUUUGCAUAGAUCAGUUACUAGAUUUGUUCCAAAUAUUUUGUAUUCAACCGAUUUUCGUCAAAAUUUGAUAUUAAAAUUCCUUUAUAAAAAAAAAUACCGCAUUACUCAAUGUUUUUUUGACUAUAAAGUACAACUUUUAAAAUUUUCAAGCAUUUCUAUUUAGUCUAAUAAUUUACCGAAUAAAAAUUACGUAUAAAACACGCAAAAUUAAAAUAUCUAUAAAUAGCUCAAAAAUGGCUAGAUAUUUUUGAAUAUUUUGCCACGUAUAGAAAUAGCAAAUAUAAAGUUUUGUAUCCAAAUUUCAAGUCUCUACAAAUAGUUUUAACUGAAUUAAAACAAAAAACAAAUUUUGAAAAUAAUAAAAGCAUUUUUUUUGUAAAUGUUCCUGUUUUUUUUUACGUUUUAUGCCGGAUUUUCUCAGAAAAUAUGAAAACCGCUUAGAAAAUCAAAAAAUGAUCUCCUUAAAGUACCAUCUAGACAAUAUUUUCUUUCAGAAAAGGUGCCACACUUAUACAUAUCGAAGCAAGAUUUCGGGAAGAAAUUUUUGUCAGAGUAUAAAAAAAAGUAAACAGCAUUGUAAAACCAAUAUAUUUUUCGCUACGCUUAGAAUCUAAAAUUAACCUGUCCCGAGACGUUUUGAAAUAAUCAUUUUUUUUUUUUUGAAAUUCUGUGUAUUUAUAGUGAAGAAUGUAUUGGUUUUUCAAUGAUGUUUAUUUUUUUCUUCUUUUUUGUCUGUAAAUAACUUUUCUAUUAGAAAUCUUGAUCCGAUUUUAAAGUUUAGCAUCUUUACUAAAAUUAAAUUUUAUCUGGGUAGUUAUUUGAGGAGGUCAUUUUUGAUUUUCUAAGCCGUUUUCAUAAUUAUUGAGAAAAGCAGAAGAAUUUACAUAUGUGUAUAAAAAAAAUUUCGCUCCAAAUCGUUUUUCAUUAGCAAUGAUUUAUCGUUGCGUACAGAUAUAAAUUAAAUUCCCAUCUAUAUCCUACCUUCUCAACUUUUCACCUAAAACAGUGGUCCAACCAUCAUACGAAGUGUGUCCUUAUUUAUUUGGUAUAUAUUUGUUAUUCUUAGUUUAUACGAUUUAUUGAUUAAAAAAAGAAAACUCAUAUUUGUGUUUUACGAGCCUUUAAAUUUCUGACGAUACUUUAAUUUUAGGCCAAUUUUAAAAGACAUAAAAAAAUCUUUAGAAGGCCAUAUCGUCCUCGACUGCGACGCGGAUUUAAUAUUAACCGUAUUCAAACAAGCGAAAGAAGUAAACUUGUUGGACGACUAUCACAGUUUUAUUAUUACUUCGUUGGUGAGAAUUAACCCAUAGUAUCUGUACGUUUAUAUUUCAUGCUGUAAUUAAAUCUAAACGGCAAAAUCAUGUUUUGAUCAUAUAGGAUGCGCAUACAGUAGACUUUAGUGGUAUUGUGCACGAUCUACGUACAAAUAUAACGACUGUUCGGUUGAUCGAUCCGUCUAAUCCGCUGGUAGAAAAUAUCGUCAAAGAUUUAAAUUUUGUUCAGCAAAGAAUGAACAUGAAUAUAGAGCCUUUAAAAGCAGAUAAAUUGACUAUAAAUUCCAUAUUGAUAUAUGAUGCAAUACACGUGUUCGCCCAAGCUUUGAAGGGUCUCGGAAUGACUAAAAAAAUCGUCACUGAAUCUCUUCAGUGUUUGAACUCGCCGUUUACGUCAUGGUCUAAUGGUUUUAAACUCAUAAAUUUCAUGAGAGUCGUAAGUAUAAUUUUUAUUAACUUUGGUAACCACCUAUGAUCUAUAUAGAUAUAUAAUAAUUUUAGUUUCUAUCUUUUAGAUUGAAACAGAUGGUCUGUCCGGUAUUUUGCGUUUUAACAACAAAACGGGUCACCGUUCGUACUUUACAUUAGAAAUGGUAGAGUUGGUUGAUACUGGAUUUAAAAAAAUAGGUUUGUGGGAUCCGGAGAGAGGUAUGACAUAUACAAGAACUAGCCAAGAGAUGCUGCGUGAUUUAUUUGUAGGAAACAAAAACAAAACAUUUAUUGUUGCAUCAAAAAUUGUAAGUUAAAUUACGUUAAAAUAAAUAGUUAAUUAAUCAACUUAUCUAUUAUAAAUAGAGAUAUAGUCGAACGUAUACAUACUUCAUCUGCCUAAACUCAAAACUUUUUUUCUUGAAACGCGAGUAUACGUUCACAGAAACGCGUAUACUUAGUUAUUAUUCGCAUACCUAUACGUCUUUUUCAUAGAUAAUUAUUAUUAAAAUAUCGUAUAUUGAUGCAUGUUAUCACAACGAUUCAACAAUAUACGAAAAAAGAACUUUUUAUUUGUUUUGCUUCAAACUGUUGUUGAUAACUAGGACUCAGAACUUAAUGCUCUUAAAAAGUACUAAAUAUAAAUUCAUUUAUGUAUUUAGAAAAGUACAAAUUAUCUUUAAAAAUAUGCACUCAUAAUUUUUGUUUUUUUACACAUAGUAAAAUCGUAUUUUGAUAGAAGCUGUUAGACAAAUAUUUUAAAAACACAAUACAAUAAUGAAUACCCAGUGAGGCGAUGAAAAGUUUUAUAAUUCACACACAUAUUUAUUUAUUACUAAAUUAUUAAUUAUCAUAAAUCAUCAAAUAUGCAUCUAAAAAUAUGAUAAAGUUAAGAAAUAUAUUUUUAAAAACACAAAAUCACUAAAUAUGCAAAUAUAUGCACCAUAAACUUUUGACAUGUUUUUCAUUUUAGCGAUUUCUAACUUACUUAGCAAUAAAUCUAAUAGCUCACACACGAAUGCAUGUUCCAAGCCCUACCGAUAAGUCUAUCGAUAAUAACCAAUAGUAUUUUUUAGAAAAGGUUUUCUAUUAAAGCUAUUAUUUGAACAAAUUUUAAAAUAUGGUUGUUAUUUCCAUUGUUAGACAGAACCGUACUUAAUGCUAAAAGAAGGUCAUGCUAAACUAGUCGGGAAUGACAAGUAUGAAGGAUACGUGGCGGAUCUAAUACAAUUAAUUGCUAAGGAAAUGAAUAUAACUUAUGAAUUUAAUUUGAUAAGUGAUGGAAAUGGAAAACGCGACAAGAAGACAAACAAAUGGAAUGGAAUUAUUGGCGAAGUACAAGAAAUGGUAAUAUAAUUUAAAUAUAAUAUAUUAUAUAAUUUAUUUAUAUAAGUAAUCUUGCGUCCACAUUUUUCAUUGAGAUGCUUUAUUUUAAAAUUUCUAUACUACAUUAACACGUUUCGCAGAAAAAUAUUCAAAAAUUUCAAAAUCACAUAAUACAAUUUAAUAUAUUAUUCUAUGUAUAAUUAGCAUACCCAAAGCUAUCACUAACACAAAACAAAUUCACAGAGAGCUGACUUAGGUGUGUGUGAUCUAACAAUUACACAUGAAAGAAGGUCUGCCGUGGAUUUCACUAUGCCUUUUAUGAAUUUGGGUAAGUAGGAUGCUUUAGAGAACCCUAUAGAAAUGCUUAUAUAUUUUCUGUAGGUAUCAGCAUAUUGUUCAGUAAACCUGAAGAACCGAAAACCAAUUUGUUUUCGUUCACCCAACCUCUUUCCUUUCAAGUGUGGAUAUUCACAGCAACAGCUUAUUUAGGCCUAUCUCUAGUAUUGUUUUUCUUAGCCAGGUAAUUUAUUUAAUAUUAACUUAUCUAAUAAAAAUUAAAUGUUCAAGUAAUAUACUUCCCCUCAUUUAUAGAAUUACACCUAACGAAUGGCAAAACCCUCAUCCAUGCAAUCCGCACCCAGAAGAAUUGGAAAAUUCUCUCUCGCUACUUAAUUGCUUAUGGUUUUCAAUGGGUUCUAUUCUUUGUCAAGGCAGCGAUAUUCUGCCAAGGUAAAAAUAUUUUAUUCUUAAAAUUAAAAUUAAAUUAAAAAAUAAAUAAACAGCAUUUUAUUUGUAAACGUUUAGAGCAUUUCCAACCAGACUAUGCGCUGCCAUGUGGUGGUUCUUCGCUCUUAUUAUGACUCAAUCGUAUACAGCUAAUUGGACAGCAUUCUUAACGUCAAAUCGGAUGGAAACUCCGAUAAAAAAUGUUGAAGAUCUUGACAAAAAAGGAGGUACUGGUUCUGACGCCAUUAAAUAUGGAUGUGUAACUGAUCAAUCAACUGCCAGUUUUUUUCAAGUAAGUCUUACAUUUUUUUUUUUUGGGGGGGUGGAGCUUGAUAUUUAAAUACAUUUACGAAUACGAAUUAAACGAUGUUGAUCAUAAAAAAAUUAUAUAAUUUGUACACGAUAAGGUUAUUUCGUUAACAUUGUUAGGAAAACACUGCGAUCCGAAUGUUAAAGUUGAAUUUUGCAUUAUGGAAAUAUCACAGAUUUAAUAUCUAGAUUUGAGAGCCAGUUAAUUACUUUUGAGGUGGAGUUUAUGAUGUCUUCUCAGCUCUAAUCAGACAUCCUCUUAGAUUUUAAUGCAUUCAUUGAAUAGGUAUUUAGGUAUGUGUGAUGUUAUUGUGUUGGAUCGUCAUAGUUGAAAUUUGAAGAGACCACAAUUCCCAUUUAUGAAGCAUAUCGUUGCAUAUCGUAUGACUGGUUCUAAUUUUAUUUUUUUAGAUUCUGAGUGUAGCGGAAAAUGUAUUGGUUUUACAAUAAUGUUUUUUUUCUUUUCUUUUUUUUUAUACUGUGUAGAAAAAUUGUACCAAAAAUCUUGCUCUGAAAUAUCAAGUAUAACAUCUUUUCUGAAAGGGAGUUUUCCUGGGAUGGCACUAUAUAAUAAAUAGGAAAAAACGGUAAAAUGUACGAUAUUUAGGUAUUAGUAAAACAAAUAUUAUGGCUUUUUUUUCCUACAAAUAACUUUUCUACCAGCAAAUUUGAUUCCAUUUACAAUGAUAGCACUUUUUCUGAAAGGAAAUUUUACUGGGGUAAUACUUUACAAAGGUCAGUUUUUGAUUUUCCUAGGAGUUUUUACAAUAAAUUGGAAAAACAAACCAGAGAAAAAUGGGAAAGUAGACAAAAUAUUAAACAAAUAUUGUUAAAGAAAAUAUAUAAUGCAUAUGCAAUUAUGUUACCAUAAUGUGACAUAUAUGUAUAUUCGACUUGCCUGUAUGUUUUAUUUUCUAUGUAUUCACUCCAAUUGAUCUUCCACAGGUCCUCGAGAUUAAAUGUACUUAGAUGAAAUUAUGUUACAUCACUCUACUUUGGUUUUUAAGACUUAAAUUAUUGUUUUGGUGAUUUAUUUAAGAUAUUGUCGAUUAGUAGAUUUCUGACACAGUUAGAGUCAGUUAAUUUUCUAAUAAUGUUUGUUGCAAUUUGUUGACGUUUAAAUUUGGAUCUCAAACAUAAAAUCGUGUUUGAGAUAAUUAGGAGCAUUUAUUAGUGUGCUUUUUAGCACCUGAUAUUAUUCUUAUUUUUUCAUUAAUAUGGAUAUCUAGUAUCUACUUUUAUGUCUUGUGCACUUUUUUACCACACUGGAAAAUAUUAGUCACCGGUUGAAAUUAUAUCCAGUUGCUCCCCAGGCCAUUUCAGCCAGUUUUAUUAUAACAUUGUUUCUAAUGUAUAUAUAUAUAUAUUAUGUAGUAGAUAUUCGUUUUGAUUUUUGAACAAUUAUAUUCAUGCAUACUAAUUGUUAUUAAGUUGUUAGCGAUAAAGUUGCUUAAGUCAAUGUUAAACUUCAGGAUAAUAAUUAUGACAUACCAAUUGACUAUUAUCUAAUGUUAAUUUCAUAUUUUAGAAUUCUGAUGUAAAUUUAUAUCAAAAGAUGUGGAGUAGUAUGGAACUAAAUGGUGACUCGGUAAUGGUAUCGGACAACAAACAGGGAGUAGAUCGGGUGAGAAAGGAAAGAAAUCAUUAUGCGUUUUUCAUGGAAUCAAGUUCUAUUGAAUACGAAGUGCAGAGAAAUUGUGAUUUAACAGAGGUGGGAUAUUGGCUGGACAACAAGGCGUACGGUAUCGCAAUGCCAUUCAGUUGAGUAAGAAUUAUUUUUAAACUGUUCAUAAAAAAAAUUUAAUUAAUUUUAUAAAUUACAGAUGCUCCACACAGAACGAGUGUAAACAUGGCAGUAUUAAGACUAUCCGAAUCAGGAGCACUGAUGCAACUAAAAAAUCAGUGGUGGUCAGUAUCUAACGAUAAAAAAUGUAAGGUUGGUACUAAACAAAUAAUUAUUGUUAUUCAAAUGUUUGUAACACAACAUGACAUUUUAUAAUUUUUAGACUCUGCUCAGGACCAGGAAAGGCCCUACUGUAUCCCUUAUACAGCAAUUAAUUUUAUAUAUUUCAAAUAAUACUUAUUGGAACAGUUCAAUAUGCUAUCUAGUAAAAAUAUAUAAAUAGUAUUUCUCUGUGUUUUCUCAAUUCUAAUAUCAAGGUUAAUAUUUACCCCUAAACCAUAAGGAAAAAUUUAAUUUUCGUUUUCUUUUCAAUAUUGUUAAAAUAGCCACUUUGUAAUAGAUAUUAUUCUAAAAGUUGUAUCGUAUAUACAUAUCCAAUAAAUAGUUUCUUAGUAAUAGCUGUUUUAAUUUCUAGUUAAGGAAUUUAAAUUACUUUUACUAUAAUGCUGCGAUUUCGAUUUCUUAUUACUUAAUGUAGUGGUAACCAAUUGUUACUGAGUAUAAUUUUUUCUCUAUAAAUUAAAACGGCUGUUACUAAGAAACUAUUCUUCAUAUAUGUAUAUAUGAUGUAGGUAUUGUUUAUAGCAGUGAUUGUCAACCUUUUUGUGUUCACGGCUCCUUUUGAUUUUGAAAUAAAAUAUACGGCUCCCAUAUAAACAUUUAAAAUAAACAAAUUUACAUUAUUUAAUCAUUUUAAUCUAACUUUAUUUAAUGAUCAACUUGUAAUUAUUAAUAAUAGGAAACAAUUUUUUUUGAAAUUUAUUUUGUUAAAAUUAAAAAAUCAAUACAAUAAUAAUAAUUUUAAUAUUCAAUGGGAUGGCAGUGCUUGUUUUUAUGCAUAAUAUUAUCAAAUCAUGGUAUAAAUUUUGAAAGCGUGAUUCUCAUUUCCUUUUCGGUAUUCAUUUGUACCCCCUAUAUUUAGUUUUAAUUACUGUUAAGGCCGAAAAACCCGAAAAAAAUUGUUAAUUCUGACGGUAGGUCAGUAGUAAAAGGAUCUUUAAUCCAAUUUUGUUGUUGAUUGUCCUCGGGAAAAUAAUUUCGGAAGUGAACAAUAAGUUGUGAUAAGUGUUCCGUGAAUAAUAAUUUGAUAGAUUGUAUUAAGUUUAAAUUAUUUUCAUGAAGAAACAUUUACAAUGUGGGGAAACAGUCAUUUAAAGCACCUUCAUACAUUUUAUUCUUCCACAAGACUAAUUUCCGUUUAAAAGAAGUAAUUUUUUCAGUUAACUGCAAAAUUUGGGUCUCAUUACCUUGUAAAGAUACAUUUAAUACAUUGAGUUUUUCAAAAAUAUCACAUAAGUACGAUAGUUUUUUUAAAAAAACUUUAUUUUCAAAUUUUUCUGUCAGUUUGGGUUCCGUUUUUAAAAGAAUCUAGAAUUGAUUAUUUAAAAAUAGAUAGAUUUGUUAUAGUAGAUCGACCUGUACGAAAACCGUACUGUUCAUUUAUAAUAACGUUUUUACAUAUAGGGGAUAGACUUUUAUUUAUCAAUUUAGAGAAUAGCUUAGAUAUAAUUGAGAUUUUCGAAAUUGGAUGAUAAUUUAAGACAGAAUUUCUACUUUCUUUUUAUGGAUAGGAGAUAUGAAAGAGGUUUUCCAUUUAUUAGGGAAUACACCUGUAUUAAUAGAUUUAUAUUCUAAUAAUUUUAAAACCCGUGUUAAGACAUGUGGUUCAAUGUAUUUUUAAGAGCCAAUUUAAACAUAAUUAUUCAUAUUUUACACAAUUAGUAUUGGGAAAUGCGUAUAUUAUUAUUAUAUAAAUGAUGAAAAGCAAUUUAUAUUGUAAGGAGAGAGGAUAAUUGAAGGUACCAUUAUUUUAACUAAAAUAAAAUUACUGGUACCUAUGAAAAAUUUACAAUUAAGUUUAGUAUUUAUUUUAUACAUUUUAGGGUUCCAAAAUAAUUAAUUUACAAUUUUUCAUUUUCUUCAUUUCGUAAAACCAUUAAAACAAAAUUGGAUGGUGUCAGUCGCAGUUCUAGCGUAUGGACAGGAUGGGCAACUGCCCGUACCAACAUUUUCGUUGUUCGCCACGAAAAAGUUUAAAUAUUUAUUUAGCUUUUUUUUCAUUAUUGUAUUACCUCGAUAAUAGAUUCCAUAAGUGUACAUCAUAUUCUUCCUAAAAAAGAAAAUCAUAUUUUGUAUAAAGAAUAAACCGAUCUAUACUUUAGAUUCUGAAUCAACCGAGGAAUUUAUUGACAUUCUUAUAUUUCUUUGCUAUUCAUAGUAAACAACUUUGCUAUCUUGUUCCGACAAUUAACUUAUUUGUAGUUACACGGGUGGUUUCCUGUAGAAAAUAUUUUCCAGUAGGUGCAUUGGGUAGUUUAUUUUUUUAAUCUUCUUGUAGUUUUCAUGCUAGUUCGAAAAAUGUAGGAAACACGGGGAAAUAUACGCAACAAUGGUUUCUGCUGUUUUUAACUUUGUUUUCUUACAGCUAUCGUAAUUUAAUUAAUAAUAAUUAUAAAUACUUGAAAAUAUGUUCAUCCAAUUAUUAUAUUAAUUCUUUUUGAAUGUAGUAAAAUUUCUAAGGAAUUUUGAACUAUUUAUAGGUGGCAUUUUAAACUGUAUAGUUGUUUUUUUUUUUGGUUUUAUGUAAAUGAAAUUGUUUUGGCCGAACAGAAAUGCUCGAAAAUUUAAUACAAAAUUUUUUUUAUAUUGGUAAAAAAAAAUUAAUUCAAAUUUUAACGAAAAUCAUAAAAUCAGGGUAUUUAUCAAAACACGUGCGUAAUGUAUAUUAUUCUUUAUAUUAUCCUAUCUUCAAAAAACCAAUCUACAUCAGUAGUAAACUCAUCAGCAAUAUCAGCUUUUUAUUUUUCGUAGUUUUUUUGGGGAGGGGAGGGAGAUUAUUGUGUGCUAAGGUAAAAAUAAUUUGAAGAUUAAAGAUUUAUAUUGCACCUAUGUCUUACUUGUAAAUUAUAAUUAUAAUUGUAUUGUAAAAUAUUCAUGCCCGUACGAAAUAUGAUUCCUAAAACCGCAAUUUAUAUAAAUUUAAUUAAUUUUACAUUUAAAAACCGUUGCUUCUUUGAAUAAGUAAUAAUCAAUGAAUCGCCAAUGUAUUAUAAUAUUAAGAAUCAAAUAAUUCUUUUUUAAAAAAAAAUGAAUUUAAUAUUCUAGGAUCCAAAAAAAGACUCAGCAGCGCUUGAUGUUAACGAAGUCGGUGGUAUGUUCGUAAUUUUAAUAUUUGGCUGCCUAAUAGCUUUCCUAUUCUCUAUACUUGAGUUUUUAUGGAAUAUCAGAAAAGUAGCUGUUGAAGAAAAGGUAACAUAAUUCCGUAGUAAUUAUUUUAAUUAGUUAAAAUGUGUGUAAUGUUUUUUGUCGUUAUAACUUAAUUACGAUAUUAUUAUAUUGUAAGUACUUAAAUGAUUUAAUAAUUUAAAUAUUACUUUAAUAAUUGGUAGAAAAAAGACAUAUAUACCUAUUUAUAGGUACCCAAUUUUGGAUACAUCUAUUCUAUUAUUACAGUAUUUUAAAUAAAUUACAAAGUUAAUUUGCAUACAGUUUCAAUAAUUAUAAAAAAAUAAUUUUAUUAUUUACUGUUAUUUUAGCUUAAUAUAAAAUUAGUAAUUAUUUUAAAUUAAAUAAAUUGGAACAUAAACAAUUUUUUACAUACUAUAAGACAUACAGUUUGUCAAAAAUAUAAUUUUUUUUAACGAGAUAAUUUCACAAUUCGUGAAUGUGUAUGAAUCGUGAAAUUGCAAUAUCUACCUAUCAUUUCACUUAAUAUUCAAACAUUUUUUUUUUUUUUAAAGUUUUAAUACAUAAUAAUAAUUAUAAACCUCCUACAUUAUUUUUCUAUAGGUACAUAUCUGUUUUAUAUGUCAAAUAUUAUGUUUAUUUAUAUUAUAUUAUUAUUUGUAUUAUUAUAUCAAUACCUAUACAGGACUAAUAAAUAUAUCACACUUAGUUAAACAUAUCCGACCACAGUAUUCAGUGCAAAUCUAUUUUUAUAGUACAUACGAUUAUUAUAUACAUUUAAUGUAAAAUAUAUCUCUGUUUGGCUAAAUAACAAUGCACGAUCUUAAAAUAUAUACAUCAGAAAUAAUAAUGGUAAUUAAAAAGUCCGAACGCCUUCGUUUGAAUCAUUAAAAAAAUUAUUCUGUGUACCUAAAUAAGUGAAUUUCAAAAAGAAUCUAUAUUAUAUAACUAGUCUUGUUAAAUGCAGUAGUUUUUACAAAAACAGUGCUAUAAUAAUACUAUAUAUAUACUAUAUAGUAUAUAGUAUUAUAGUGUAUAUAUUUGUGUAUAGUUUCUUAGUAGUCACCUAUACGAUUUUAUUUUCAAAAAUAAUCAUUUACUAUUUUUCAUAUAAUUAUAGUUGACUCUAUGUGAAGCGUUUAUGGUGGAGCUGAAAUUCGUGCUAAAGUGCCACGGAACUUCCAAGCCAGUGAGACGUAUCGAAGACAGCUCGUCAGAUAUAACUGACAAAUAA